CGCACAUACAUCCUCCACACACACACACACACACACACACUUCGCAACGUAUUUCCUUCAGCACAAGAGGCGAAAUGGGAAUUGUUCCGGAAUUCUUCGGGAAAAAAAGGGGUAAUGUGUCUGAUGGCUGGAUUAGAAGGAUGUGGAUUCUGCCAUGAGAAAACCCUCAUCAGUGUUUCCUGGCUCUGUGAUCACUAACUGUGACCUAACAUAACCUGGCUAACCCAAGCGAUGGAGAUUUGAGGCAAAAAUCAAGAAAAAAACCCCUCUCACAUCGUAAUCAAACAUGGCAAACAUCACACAUGUGGCAGUAGUAUUUGUGGACCCCCACAGCCAAACUCCAGCAGAUGAGCAUGAUCCUUACCUAGACCUUUAUGAUACGGACUAUGGGAUUCCAGCCGAGGAAAUGCCGGACACCACUCAGGGCCUGGCCUAUUUUGUGGCCACCAUUGUUAUCGGAGUGGUUCUUGUUUGCAUUAUGCUUGUGUGCGGCAUUGGUAACUUCCUGUUUAUAGCAACCCUGGCUCGCUACAAGAAGUUGCGAAAUCUCACCAAUCUUCUGAUCGCAAACUUGGCCAUCUCUGAUUUCCUUGUGGCGGUUGUGUGCUGCCCUUUCUUGGUGGACUACUAUGUGGUGAAACAGCUGUCCUGGGACCACGGGAAAGUGCUGUGUGCCUGCAUUAACUACCUCCAAACCGUGUCUCUGUACGUGUCCACCAAUGCCUUAUUGGCCAUCGCUGUUGACAGGUACAUGGCAAUCAUUCACCCAUUAAGGCCCAGGAUGAAACAUCAGACUGCAUACUGUUUGAUAACAGGUGUGUGGAUUGUUCCAGUCAUCAUAUCCAUACCUUCUGCUUACUUUACAUCUGCAACCAAAGUGCCUUAUGGUGCCAAUCGCAGUAAAACCUUCUGCGCUCAGAUCUGGACAGUGGACCAGCAGUUUUACUACCGUUCCUAUUACCUUUUCAUUUUUGCCGUGGAGUUCCUGUGCCCAGUCCUGAGCAUGGCCCUGUGCUAUAUGCGCAUCUCUAGAGAGCUUUGGUUCAAAAGCGUGCCCGGUUUCCAGACAGAUCAGAUCCGGAAGCGCUUGCGUUGCCGGAGAAAGACGGUCAUGGUGCUCAUUGGGAUCCUCACGGCAUACAUCCUCUGCUGGACUCCUUAUUACGGCUACACCAUCCUGCGUGACUUUUACCCGACACUCAUCUCCAGGGAGAAGAAUUCACUGGUGGCGUUUUACAUUAUCGAGUGCAUUGCCAUGAGCAACAGUAUGAUCAACACCUUCUGCUUCGUCAGUGUGAAGAAUAACACAGCAGUGUACUUCAAGAGGAUCGUGCUGCUACGCUGGAAAUCUACUUACACCUCUAGAAAGACAGAUGUGAGGACACUGUCCAUGCCUGUGACUGAGGAAAUUGAUUGCAUACAGCUGGGGUAAAACAUUUGCAGCUGACUUUGGCCAUUAAAGACCUUAAGCAGAUUUGGGUCACGUAGCUGUAAACUUUGACAUUGUUUGGGAAAUUCAUCGUAGAGGUUUUUUCUUUGGCUGUGUCGAUAACCUUUGGCAGUUUUACUGAAUGUAAACAAACAAAAAAGCUUUCCAUUAAGCAGUUCAGUUUUAUCUACAACACAUUAGAUUCAAUUUGAAUUCAACCCCAUUCACAUUUAAGUCACAUACGUUGUUUACCUUUUAAUAUGUAUCUCUAUCUGUGUUGGUAAGCUGUACCGUGGUUUUGGUGAUAAAAGUCCUUUUUCAGUGAAAAAUGUGCAAUUUUCAUAUUUAAGGGUUUAUCAAUUAAACCCAAGCAAGUGAGUAUCUCUCUAAUGUUCUUUUGUGGGUUUAUUUCGAUUUGUUUGUGGUAUUAUUCUCUUGAGUGCCUCUAAGUAGAUUCAUAAUGCUGUGUUCUUCAUAUAAUAAAGAUGUUAGUAGAUCAUUUCAAGUGGAUUUCUCAUGAACUUGCUAUUAUUUAGAAAUCCUGACCAAUGGAUUAUUUCUAAGAGUUGUUUAGUCAUUUUAUAGUGACUUUUUUGUAUUGUCUCUUUGUAUUGUCUAUUGUGCAUGAAGUUAAGACAAAUAAAAUUAAACUAGAGAUGAAAAUGUCCUCUUAUACUCUUUGUAAUACAUACAGUCGAUACUAAAAGACAUUGAAUUGAUAUUUUUUGUGUGAUAUCAAUGUGAUUAUUUUGGAUGCUAAAAAAA